ACGGAAUAUGUAGCGUAUCAUACGCGAUGACGGAAUCACGAUCAAGAUAGACGUGUAUGCGUUCGACCUAUCUAAAUAGAAUACGAUGUCUGUGCUGCUAUCUAUGUCAACGCUGGUGUUUUAAUAAACUUUAAUAAAUUUAGACUAGAAGACACACGAACGAAGGACCGUUCGCUGUAACAUAGCGCUUACUCGAUACCGAAUACCGAUUGUAAUCAUACAUAACCUCGUUUGGAUAUUAAAUAAAUGAUCAGAAAAAGUUGCUUGCUUUAUCGAUAAAACGAAAACAUUUCAUGUAUCGACGUCUUCUAAUUGUGAUCGCAUGGAAAUUUUCAUCAGACUUGGUAAAUUUCGUGACUCGAGAUUAUUCUCAUUGAAAGAUACAGUGUCUGUGAAUAAGAGGUGACCAUGGUUUGUCCAAGCAGCGUCUUAGCACACCUAUCGAAAUUUAUCGUGACAAUCGGUUGCAUGAAAUUCCUUGGCGACUCCUAUGGUAAAGCAACUACCUGGUCGUUACGUGCCUUCCAAAUUCUACUCUCUCAUUCCAUCCUAGGGAUUCUUAGGUUCGGAGCACCAUCUAUCACAUCAGCAACCAAUGUAGCCAAGUACCUAAGGAUUUCCUACGACUGGUACUCCAAGAUUGUCGACGUUGCACCUUUGGCAUUGUUUACUGCGGGUAUCCUAAAUGGAUAUGGAAUUAAUGAAAAAAUUUGGCUCAUAGUAUUUUCUUUGGGCAUUUUGCCAGUAUUUUUCCAGCUGCAAUCGAAACGCAACAAGAGCCAAGUAAGGAAGCACCAGUUGUUACUAAAUAUCGCUUCCACUUUACAGCUAUUAAUGAUUACGUUGGUAGGCAUACGAAAUAGUAAUUACAACGUUAUCAGUUUGGUCGUUUCUUAUAUUUUCGAACGUUUCUUCAUCGACGAGUUUUGCUACUAUUACGAUAUCCCAAGUACAGAUUUGACUCAGUAUUCUCUGUGCUUCGUCGAAAUUUUUAUGGUCUUAACUUUAAACGAAUUGUGAAUAAUAUUAAUUUUUAUAAUCUUAACGAAAUAAACUGUAUUUUCAUUUACGUAAA